GACGUAGAACCGCAAACGCCUGUGACGCCAGUAUCAGCAGAGUCUUUUAUGUUACUGCAGACCCUGAUUUUCCAACGGGAUGCUCAUGCGCUCGAUGAAACGAGCAAACAGAACCUAGCGAGGCACUUACAGAAACGUAACAAAGCUUUCCAGAAAUCCUCUGCUCUAGGCAUCCUCCAAGAGGACCGAAUUCAAUUCCUGACCACAAUCAACAAAGCCAAAGUUCGACGAGCGACCAAGUCAUUGGUACUAGGGAAGGCGAAGGUCAUGAGCUAUAAGGACCUUGAGGAAGUACGAGUGAAGCAUGCUGAAAAAGAUGCUGCUAAAGAAACCAAAGGUAAGGGUAAACGGGGUCGGAAGCGCCAAAGUGCCACGCCAGAGGCAGAGGAAGCCACCGCAGAUAAGGUCAAACGGGGGUGGAAGUGCAAAAGUACUGUACUAGAGGCAGAGGCAGUGGCAGAGGAGCUAGAGCCAGAACCAAAUCCCAAGAUGGCGCGGACGAGCAAAGCGCCAGCACCAUCGAGAGCCUCAGUGUCGGAAACACCGAUUGCGGAAGAUGAGAUUGUGCCAGAACCAUGGAGAGCCCUAGUAGCGAAGAUAUGGUAG